CUACCCACAUUAAACCCAAUUAGCCCACAAUUGUCGAUCACAAGACGCCCUAAUAUACCAAACGAGCUUUGCUUGCAAGGAAGUUUCUCAGCCUUCUGGCGGUUCGCUUUCUCAGUAAUUCCCACUCCGUGUUGAGGUCAGGUCUUCUCAAGGAUUAAGGAUUUGCGAUUUUGUUUUAAAUUCAGUGAAACAACGCUCGAUUCUUAUAGGGGUAAAAAGCCAUCAGAUUGCCGAAUUUCAGAGUCCUCUAGGUAGCUGCUACUGUAUUUUAUUUUACAAUAUCAGGAUUUUGAGGAUGUUGCCUGUCGAUCCAAACAAAAAGUUAUCUUUUACUCGUAGCAUUUGUGAUGGAGAUUUGGUUAUUGUCUAUGAGAGGCAUGACAACAUGAAGGCUCUUAAAGUAUGCAAGGAUUCAGUGCUUCAGAACCGAUUUGGUGUAUUCAAACAUUCAGACUGGAUUGGAAAGCCCUUUGGAACCAAGGUUUUUAGCAACAAGGGUGGUUUUAUUUACUUGUUAGCUCCAACUCCUGAAUUGUGGACUCUGGUUCUAAGUCACAGGACCCAGAUUCUCUAUAUUGCUGAUAUUAGCCUUGUCAUCAUGUACUUGGAAAUAGUUCCUGGUUGUUUGGUUCUUGAAUCUGGGACUGGAAGUGGAUCUUUAACUACGUCACUUGCAAGGGCUGUUGCUCCUACAGGGCAUGUCUACACAUUUGAUUUUCAUGAACAAAGGGCUGCCUCAGCCAGGGAGGAUUUUGAGAAGACAGGACUUAGCAGUUUGGUCACUGUGGGAGUUAGAGACAUUCAGGGUCAAGGAUUUCCAGAUGAACUUUCUGGGUUUGCUGAUUCUGUCUUCCUGGACCUACCCCAACCAUGGUUGGCCAUUCCUUCAGCUGAGAAAACGUUGAAACCAGAUGGGGUUUUAUGUUCCUUCUCCCCGUGUAUUGAGCAAGUACAACGAGCCUGUGAUACUCUUAGGUCAAACUUCACAGACAUAAGGAUAUUUGAGGUACUUCUUCGCACUUACGAAGUUCGAGAAGGAAAAAGGGAUUGCGGCGAGGCUGAUGGAGGCAACCUUGGGUCUCUUCCAUGUAAGAGGCGGCAGCGUUCAAGUGAAGGACACACUGCGCAUGACAAUUUGAGUUAUCCCACGGUCAUGGCUAGGCCAUGCAGUGAGGCAAAAGGGCACACUGGCUAUUUGACAUUUGCAAGACUCAAAUGCCUCUCAUAAUGCUGCCACGCUUCUAUUUUUGUAGGAUAGCAAGAGUUUCUUGUUCUUCAACCUUUUUCAAGGGUUCAGCCCAAAGAUAAUGUAAGGAAUUCUUUUUCGUCUAAAAUGAGUCAUGACCGAAGAUUUUGAUA